UUUAAUUCGCCUUAAAAUGUUCGAAUAGCUGGCUCCUAUAUUUUAUGAUUACGAAAGGACCCCGUUGGGUUUGAAGAAAAUGACAAUGGCAUUGGAGGUGUUUAAUACAUACUUGAAACGCGAGAAUACAGAAUAUGCUGCUGGCAAUACACUGACUAUCGCGGACUUUCCAUUGAUCACCGCUACCAUGUGUUUAGAGGCGAUCGACUUUAAAUUAAACCCGUGGCCUUACGUAGAGAAGUGGUACAACAAUUUUAAACGAAAACAUCCGGACUUGUGGGAGAUCGCUGAGGAUGGCAUGAAAGUGCUUAUUUAUUUGUCAAACAAUCCACCAGACUUGUCUCACUUGAAUCAUCCGAUUCAUCCAGCUCGCAAAAUCAAAACAUAAUCUUGUUACACGAGAAAUUACAAUAACUCGACGAAAAUUAAAUCAAUAUUGUUGUAUUCUUUUUAUUGGCGUACAUCGAUAUGUGUAUUCCAAUUUUUCUGAACAUUACAUAUACACUUAGUGUUACUGCAACCUGUAACAAUUAUUCCGAUAAAACUCCGAAUUACUAAGGAAAAAUUACUGCGAAACAACUAUCCCACCCUGUAUACUAUCGAGCACUACGAUGUUAUGUACACAGACUUAUUUAUAUAAUAAACAUUCCAGCUUA